AUGCCGUUAAAGCCCUUCUCGCCGCCACCUGAUACCCAUUCUCUGGUCCUCCGCCCGUUCCGCUUACGGUUUCUCUCCUCGCCCCACGGCUUCCCUGCUCUCGAGAUGGUGAUUGCCGGAGCACCUAAGCCGUCGCUAGGGCUCGCUGCCGCCUGGUCGGCUGUGGUCGCCAGGCCUCCGGCGGGGCCCGAAAGGGCGACCAUGGCGACGGAGCCCCCUCUACCGCCGGCUCAGAAGCACGUGACAGCAGUCUCUGAAAAGACUCCUCCCCACGCACCCGCGGCUCCCCUUGCCGGGGCAGAGGCUGGCCCGGCCGCUCCCACUGCUGUCCCGUCUGCUCCACCUGCGUCACCGGGCUCCCUGGCUCCCCUUGUCGAGCCGUCGGCCUCUGCUCCUGCUGGGGGUGUUGCUGAACCCCCUGCACCUGUCCCUGGCGCCCGUGUUGCGCCGAACGCUUCUGCCCCCGGCCUGCCUGCGCAGGCCUCUGCUUUGUCACCAAAGGCGACGUCCGCCACCACUGGCGAACCGGCUCCGUCGGUUGCGCCUGCGACGGCGGGUCAGUCCGCACCCGCGGUGACGGCGGUAGUUCCUGCAGGCCAACCGUCACGCCCUCCGUCGCCUGACCGUCGCUCGUCGCGGCCCCAUUCCCCCGCUCCCCACCAGGAACGCGAAUCAUCUCGUCGCCGGCGUGAGUCUCCACGGCGGUACCAGCAACAGUCGCGCUGGCCUGCUCGCCCCGGGGGUCAAGGGGAUUGGAGGGGUUCCCGUGCUCGUGGCGGGGGUGGGGGGUAUCGCCCGCCUGUGACGAUGGCGGAUCUUCAGCGGGAAGUGUCGAGGGCGGUUCGGGAGGAGAGGGCGGCGCAGGGCCAGAGCAGUUCGCUGCGCGCCUUGCCAGCCCGCGAGGCUCCCCGUCCGGCUGCGCUCCCCCCAAACCCGCAGCCUGUUGCUGCGCCUCCCCCCCAGGUCCAGGCGCUGCCAGGUCCUUCUCCCGCUGUAUCGGCGCCUGCUCCCGGCUCUCGUCUCCAUCUGCCACCGGUUCCGCCUGUUGCGGGAGUGGAAUUUGUGGCCGCAGGUGGCGGCUCGUUGGCGGCUCCGUUCGCUCUCCCUGGUGAUGCUGAUGAGCCGCUCCAUCUCCACGCUCUGCUGCUGAUUCAGGUGCUGGCCCACUCGUCUCUCCCUGUGAUCCCUCCUGAGACCUUCCGUGGCCGCCAGCGUGACUCGUGCCUAGACGCGGCGGACCAGCUCGCGGUGCUGCUGGUGCCCGUGCUGGCUGCGCCCGUGGAGGGUGGCGCUGCUGCUGCGGGACAGCUUGACGAAGCCGUCCGGGGCUUGAGGCGGCACUUGCGCGCAGGAUCUGGAGCCGCGGCGAUCGGCGCAAGCACGCUUGUGGUCCGGGAGCUGUGGCGCUCCCUGACGGGCGUUCUUCACGCCCUUGGAGCACACCGCAUGUAG